CGUGGGGAUGAAUGGACAUGUCCUGUGGGGGCAGAUGCAAUAGUGGCGUUUAAGAGACUUUUAAAUAGGCACAUGGACGUGCAAGUAGUAGAGGGAUAUGGAUCAUGUACAGGCUGAUGACAUCAGUUUAACGGCAUCGUGUUCGGAGCAAACAUUGUGGGCUGAAGGGCUUGUUCCUGUGCUGUACUUUACUAUAGAAGAUAGACACAAAGGCUAGAGUGACUCGUGUUCAAGAAGGAACUGCAGAUGUUGGAAAAUCGAAGGUACACAAAAAAGCUGGAGAAACUCAGCGGGUGCAGCAGUAUCUAUGGAGCGAAGGAAAUAGGCAACGUUUCGGGCCGAAACCCUUCUUCAGCGAGUCAGGCAGCAUCUCUGGAGAAAAAGGAUGGGUGACAUUUCAGGAGAAUAUCAGAGGAAGAGAGCAGGAAUCAGGGUUUUAUGGUGAGGAUAAAUGACGGUGGCAGCAGUCUUCCUUGGACUUUGUGGGAUAACAUUUACUGGUGAAGCCCUUUGUCGGUCAGAUCAAAGGUGGGUUGAAGCCAUCGAUGAAGAUGACCAUUAUGGGGAUAGUUCAUUCAAAGCCUGACAGAUUUGUGCUAACUCUCAUCAGCAACCCUUUGGAACCAGAGACGGACAUCGGCCUCGAAGUGACUGUUAGCUUCCGGGAACGCUCAGUUGUUCGAAAUGCCAAAGUUUCAGGCAAAUGGGGAAAAGAAGAGAAAAAUAUACCUUAUUUCCCUUUCACACCUAUGCAACACUUCAAGAUGGAAAUCCUAUGUGAACACCAGCAAUUCCGUGUGCAAGUCGACGGACAGCAACUGUUUGACUUCACGUAUCGCUUCCAGCAACUACAAAAAUUAACUGCAUUAAAAAUUACAGGUGACCUUCGACUGACAAAAGUAGUUUAAUCCUUGUACUAAGUUUCUCGAAAAAAAGUUACAAUUUAAGGCGAUGGUUUACCCAGUAAGAAUUGUUUUAAAGAAUUGUUUUAAAGUCUGCACUUUCUUCAGUCCUGCAACAUUUGCCUUCUGAGCAGCGAGCAUUAUGUCUGGCGGGCAGUAAAAAAAUUGUAAAACCAUUUAGAAUUUGUUUGACUUGAGUUAUUCAAAUAUUUGAUUUGACUUUAAAAGCAAGCCAGCAUCUUGAACUGUUAAGAACCAACUUUUUUAAAUUAAAUAUGAAUUAUGUUCCAAAGUC